AUGGCUGUCAAGGCUAUCUCGGCAGGGAUAAAGACGAGUGGUAGUCCUAGAGAAUGGACCGAUCGUUGCUUCGUCGAAGAUUUACAACUGUUCACUCAAGUUUGCGCAAGAACUUCCAAAGUGACAAUCAUGGGAGCUUUCAACAUCGGUCUCUUCCCUUCUCUGAAGGGCUACCCCCUCCAAAUCUCAAUCAUGUUCACUUCCGCUAUGGCUUUCCUUCUAUUUGGCUACGACCAGGGUGUUCUUGGUGGCCUCAUCACCACGCCCGAGCUGCUGGGCGGACUCGGAGUGUCACCUAACGGUGCCAACCUUCAGGGAACAAUGGUCGCCAUUUACGAUAUCGGCUGCUUUGUCGGCUCCGCCAUCUGCGCCGUGGUUGGACACAAAUUAGGACGCCGCAUCUAUAUCGCAAUUGGCUCCUUCCUGCUCAUUGUCGGAGCGGGCAUGCAGGCCGGAGCUCACGGAACAGGCACCCUCAUUGCAGGCAGGGUAAUAGGUGGCAUCGGCAUGGGUUUCACCACUGCGGCUGUCCCGGUCUGGGUUGCCGAGUGCUCGCAGCCGCAUGUGCGCGGCGGCCUGGUCACCACACAGAUCUCAAUCGUCAUUUUUGGCAUCGUGAUAGCGUACUGGCUGGACUACGGCACGAUCGCGAACCUGUCUGGCCAGAUUGUGUGGAGAUUCCCGCUCGCGUUCCAGGCCGCCUUUUGUGUUCUGUGUUUGCUGGGCCUCCCUUUCCUCCCCGAGUCUCCUCGGUAUUUGUACUCCAAGGGCCACAUGGAAGACGCCGAUCAGAUCGUCGCCCGGAUCUAUUCAGUCCCACCCGAUCAUCCCACGGUCGUCAACGUCCGAAGGGAGACGCUCGAGGCACUCGAGGCAGAGAAAGAGUACAAGAUUCGCUGGAGCGACAUUUUCUGGGACACGUCCAACUUGAACACGGCCUGGCGUGUCUGGCAGGGGGUUAUCAUCAUGGUGCUUCAACAGCUGGGAGGACCCAACUUGAUGGGCUACUACGCGACACUCCUGUUCACACGCAGUCUCGGUAUGAGCGAACACCAAGCGGCACUGGCCUCGGGAGGGUCGUCCAUGGUUAUGUGGGGUGGCACCGUUCUGUGUGCGCUCACCGUGGACCGGCUGGGCCGGCGCACGCUGUUCCUCGUGGGCGGAUUGACCCAGCUGAUCAUGAUGGUCCUGUACACGACGGGCCUCGGGGUUGCCAGCACGACCACCCUGCGCAUGUCGACGGUGUGUAUUUUCCUGUACAACUUCUGUUUCGGGGCCAGCUGGUGUAGCGUGCCGUUCACGUACAUCCCGGAGAUCCUGCCCUUGCACGCUCGCGCGUUCGGCACGGCCAUCGCCGUCGGCGUCGAGUGGCUGAUGACCUUCAUCAUCGUCAAGGUCGGCCCCAUCGGCAUCUCGAACACGGGGUGGAGGUUCUACUUGCUGUUUUGCGUCGGCUUGUCGCUGCAGGUCCUGUUUGCGCUCUUCUGCAUCAAAGAAACCAAAGGCAUUCCUCUGGAGGAGGUGGACGCGCUCUUCGCCAAAAAGUCGGCUCGCAGUGAUCUUCGAGCCCGGUUGACAGGGGACGUGCCAGACGUCAAGGGCUCUAACGUUCUCGAGGUCGAGAUGCACGAGCACGAGAAGAGCUCUGCUUAG